CUGCGGGGAGGGAGCAGAAAGCAGCGUGGAACUGCGGCCAGCAAAGCCCCUGCCAGCUUCUCCAUCCCGGUCCGGGCACCUUCCCCGUGCCUGUGCUGACCUGAGCCCCCGGGGUUGGCCGUGCCCCUCCAUGCUCUCUGCACUGUCCCCUGCCCCUCAGACCUCUGCGGGAGGCAGGUGCCACCUCCAGGGAUGUUUCCCUUCCCAUGGCUGGGAUGGCGGGGCUCAGUAGGGACUGUGGGGGUUGUCCCUGCCCGUGAUGCCCUCUGCUGCAUCCCUGUCCCCAACAGGAUGGCUGACCCAGACACCUACAUUCGGCAGCCGUGGGGCAUGGUGCAUGGCAUCCCCGUGGUCAGAGCCUUCACCUACAACUGGGACAAGGUUGACAUCUUCCAGAGCCACCCCAAGGACAUCGUGGUGGCCAGCUUCCCCAAAUCCGGCACCACCUGGGUCAGUGAGAUUGUGGACAUGAUCCUGAAAGGCAGUGACCCUGAAAAGUGCAAGCAGGAUAUCAUCAGCAACCGGGUGCCCAUGCUGGAGUUCGCCGCCCCUGGGAAGAUGGUGUCAGGCACGGAGCAGCUGGAGGCCAUGGCACCCCCUCGCAUCAUCAAGACCCACAUCCCAGCUCAUAUCUUGCCCAAAUCCUUCUGGGAAAACCAGUGCAAGGUGAUCUACGUGGCACGCAAUGCCAAGGACGUGGCCGUCUCCUUCUACCACUUUGACCUGAUGAACAAAUUACACCCACACCCUGGGACAUGGGCCCAGUACCUGGAGGAGUUCAUGGCCGGCAGAGUGGCAUAUGGCUCCUGGCACAACCACGUCAGGGGCUACUGGGAGCGGAGGAAGGAUCACCCCAUCCUCUACCUCUUCUACGAGGACUUGAAGGAGGAUCUCCGCCGGGAGGUUGCCAAAGUGGCGCAGUUCCUGGGGCAGGAUCUGCCAGAGGCAUCCCUGGACACCAUCACCCGACACACCUCCUUCGAGACCAUGCGGGACAACCCCACCACCAACUACAGCAUGGUGCCCUCCCAGGUCAUGGACCACAGCGCCUCCCCCUUCAUGCGCAAAGGCAUCACUGGAGACUGGAAGAACCACUUCACCGUGGCCCAGAACGAGCGCUUCGACCAGGACUACGCACAGAAGAUGUCGGACACUGACCUGCGCUUCCGCACCCAGAUCUGAGAUGCCCUGGUUUAUACCCUCCCACUCCAACCCGACAUUCCCAGUCCCAGCACUGCCCAUGGACCUCCAGCCUCUUUGUGCCACAGGGAAUUUUGCAGAAAUAAAGUUUUAUCUCUGCAUCUUCCUCCCAGAUUUGCACCCAGGUGAGAGCUGCUGUGUUGCUGCAGAGCACUCUGGAGCCUCAUCCCACCUUGCAUCAUCACCUCAGCCCCAUG